AUGCCUCACAUUGACGAGACCGUUGAUCUGGAGGUCAAGGAGCUGUGGCGGCCCUCCUCUCCUCAAUCAACCCAGAUUUAUGAUUUUAUGACCCAAGUGAACACGGAGCAUGACUUGUCACUGAAUGAUUACAAUGCCCUGUGGAAGUGGAGUGUUUCCGAGCCAGCCCAGUUCUGGGAAAAAAUCUGGCAUUACACAAAUAUCAAGGCCCACAAGCCAUACGACAAGGUUCUUGAUUCAAAAGAUGUGCUAUUCCCCAGACCUGCAUUCUUUGAAGGUAGCACUCUGAAUUUCGCCGAGAAUCUCCUCUAUCCCGCCGCUUCGCCGGAUGAGGAUUCUGUGGCAGUGAUUAGCGUUACUGAAGUAGCCCGCGAAUUCGUUUCAUGGAAGCAGCUGCGAGAGCGCGUCCGCGUGUGUGCCAAUGCUCUGAAAGAAGCAGGCCUGCAGACCGGUGAUCGUGUUGCCGGCUUUGUAGGCAACCAUGUCAACACUGUCGUGGCAAUGUUGGCUACAGCCUCAAUUGGUGCCUUCUGGACCGGCGUGUCACCAGACACUGGUGUGCAUGCAGUUCUCGAGCGGUUGAAGCAGAUUGAGCCCAAGGUCUUCUUUGUAGACAAUGGCUCUUUCUACAAUGGCAAGGUCCACCCCUCACAUGCUAAGGUGUUGGAGAUGGUCUCUGACCUGCCAGACCUUGAGCUUUUGGUGGUUCUUCCGGCUGUCCCAGACCUGGAAAGUAACAUCGAUGAACUGCGACCUGAAAAUGGGCAGGCAAAGAGUUAUAGUGAUUUCGUAUCUGGAGUCAAGAACUCCCAGGCACCAUUGGAGUUCGAAAGCCUGAGACCGGAUCAUCCUGUCUACAUCCUGUACUCGUCCGGUACGACAGGAGCACCCAAGCCUAUCGUGCAUGGCUCUUUGGGUACACUACUGCAACACAAGAAAGAGCAUGUUCUGCACUGUGAUAUUCGACCAGGUGAUCGCGUGUUCUACUUCACAACCACAACAUGGAUGAUGUGGCACUGGCUGGUGUCGGGCUUAGCCAGCGGAGCAACCAUCGUCCUGUACGAUGGUUCACCAUUCCGACCUCUCGAUAUUGAAGACGGAAAGGGAGAUAUGGCCAUGCCCCGUCUGAUUGACGAGCUCCAAAUUACCCAUUUCGGCACAUCCGCUAAAUACCUGUCACUUCUCGAACAGGCCGCCUUGAACCCGCGCAAGCAUGCCAAUAGACCAGUCUCACUCAAGACACUCAGAGCCAUCUUCAGUACUGGAUCUCCACUGGCACCGUCUACAUUCGAAUAUGUUUAUUCAUCUAUUCAUCACGAUAUCAUGCUUGGUUCCAUUACCGGUGGUACAGACAUCCUCUCUCUGUUCGCCUCCGGCUGCCCCAUUCUCCCCGUCUACAAAGGUGAAAUCCAGUGUCGCUCUUUGGGCAUGGACCUCUCAGUAUUUGAUUAUGCUGGAAAGGACAUCAGCGCAACAGGCGAACCUGGCGAUCUUGUUUGCAUCACACCAUUCCCCGCCCAACCAGUCAUGUUCUGGCCUCCCGGACCAACGGGCUUGGAGAAGUACCGGAAGAGCUACUUCGAUGCGUUCGGACCUUCAGUCUGGCACCACGGUGAUUAUGUACGCUUGAACCCACAGACCGGAGGUAUGGUCAUGCUAGGUCGCAGCGAUGGCGUCCUCAAGCCCUCCGGGGUGCGAUUUGGAAGUGCUGAGAUCUACAAUAUCCUUCUCAAGCAUUUCGCCGACGAAAUCGAAGAUUCUCUUUGCAUUGGUCGGAGACGAGAUGGUAUCGACACGGAUGAGACAGUUGUCUUGUUUGUCCGACUUGCUUCUGGCAGUGUGUCUAUGCCAGCAGAUCUCGCAGCACGCAUUCAGGCCACUAUCCGAAAGGAGCUCAGUCCCCGCCAUGUCCCUGGCGUGGUUGAUGCCUGCCCUGAGAUUCCAGUGACUUCCAACGGCAAGAAGGUCGAGAAUGCCGUCAAGCAGAUUCUCUGCGGACUUAAUAUCAAGAUCGGUGCCAGUGUUGCUAAUGCGGAAUGUCUUGAUUGGUACAGAAACUGGGCUUCGGAACACCCUUAA